AUGUUGAAAAUCAGAUCCGUAGCUGCUGUAGAUUCACGGGGGGAUAUUGGAUAUUACUUUUAGCCUGCUUAGAGGCGAACAGAACUUUUACCAGAGUAUGAGCACUCAUGGAACGGUUAGAGUAGGAAAAGUACCACAGCAUGACACAGAAGUAUUGCAAUUGGAAUUUAAAACUGGAUCUCAAGCUGUUAACAAAUUGCAAGAUUUGGACAAGAUUCAGCAUGUUAUAUCAUUGGUUUUGAACCCAUCAGAAGAGCUGGAAGAACAAAUUGUAGAUGUGCCAAGGGAAUCCACCAUGAGUGAGCAAGUGUAUGUGAAACAAGAAAAAUAUGAUAGUGAAGAUGAGGAUGUAAUUCCAGAACAACUAGACAAUGUUGGAAUCGGCAAAUGUCGUGUAACUGACCAACUUGUGGAAACUAGCACAUCACAGCAGAGGCAAGGAAAAAGAUCAGAUGAAGGUGAUGUGCAAGGGAAUUCUCAUUUAAAAUCCAACUUUACUACCAACUCGCGAAUGAGACAAAAUAAGAUCAGAUACAAGGUAAUUGAAGAUGGAGUGGAAUAUUUCCCUGCAACAGAACAGGAAGAUUACCAAAUUCUAAAAAGUGAUCCACGCACUCGAAUGCAUUUUGUGAAGUAUGUAAAAGUGGAAAAUAAAACUGUAAAAAUUUGGGAGUGUGGAAUUUGUGGGAAGGAGUUUCGACACCAAUAUACUUUGAUGAGACAUUUGCCCACUCACACAGAUGAAAGGAAUUUUAAAUGUGAGGCGUGUGGAAAAGCUUUCCGACAAAUGAGUACAUUGUCUCAGCAUCGAGCAAUUCAUAGUGAUGCUCGUCCGUAUGUAUGUGAAUUGUGUAAAAAGACUUUUAAUAGGGUGUCUACAUUAAUAUCUCAUCGUAAAACUCAUUCCGAGCACAAGCCACACAAAUGCACUGUUUGUGGGAAGGGCUUCCAUCAAAAAGCACAUGGGAAAAAUUUACGAAUUAUUCAUCUACCUAAUGGGGACAGAACUUUGGCUGAUAUUAAUAAUUUAAUAACAUCAGGCUGUCCUCCUGAAAACAGAGAAAGAAUAUUCGGACAGGGGAACCAGCAAAAGGAUCCUAGUGCUGGAGUAAUCAUUGAUCCUAUAAACACUAGAGCCAUGACUGCAGCCAGACGAGGUGGUCAAACACCUUUCGCGCUUUUGAAGCCAGCUAGAGGUAUUCCUGUCCUGGUUAAGGUCAUGGCUGCUGCCAACAAUAAACAAAUGUUAGUGCCUGCCACUGCAGAAGACCUGAAAUCUGCUGGUAAAAUAACAGUUUCCCCAAAUUUCUCUGGAGGAAGUCCGAACAAUGGGGGCGUGAAAGCAGUCCAAAUAAAAGUUCCAGUAGUUGCGACCGUUAUUCAGCGGGUUACUGCAGAUGGCCAGUUGACUAUUGAAGUGGAACCUCCAGGUCCUGAACAAGAACCAAAUUUUGAACAAGAAGCAAACUGUGAUUCGGAAGAAGCAGAAGAGUCUGAAAUGAAUUCCAACAAUGUUGCUGUGACCACUACAUCUAAAGUUCAGUAUGUUCAGCAAAGUGGAGUAAUUUUGCAUGAAGACGAAGAAGUAGAAGAAAUAGAAAGUUCUGUUGAUCUCCUUGAAGCUUCAUCCACUGACCAGGAAAUUAUUCAUGAAAAAACUGUGGAAAUAAAUGAAGAAAGUAUGACUGCCGAACAAGGUCUACUGGAAUUGGCUGCAACGGGAGGAAUCCAGUUUGUGAAACCUUCAGUAAAUGGCACCUUUGAAGUACUUACUCAGGAAGAAGCCGCAGAGAUUAUGCAGCAGCCAGGACAAACAAUUGAAAUUGUCAAUAGUGGAGAAGAUAUAGAGGCUGAUGAUGAUAAUGAUACUAUUAUGAAUCAGAACAGUUUGAGUGCUCUUGUUGAUGCUAUCCGAGCUGCUGGUUAUCAGGUAACGGAAGACCAGAAACAAAUAGUGAUAACUCCAUCAGAACAGGAUAUGACGGAAUAUGAUACAGAGUCAGCCGUACAGCAUAUUGUUUACGGCGAACCUGAAGAGGUGAUGCUAAAUUCUGAACAAACAGAAAGCUUAGUGAUAGAACCAACAGAAGCUCCAAUACACUUUGUUCUGGAAGAGACAGGUGGUAUGAUAUCAGAAGCCCUAGAAGUGGUUUCCUCUACUGUUUAGUAAUAGCCUAAUGUCUGUAGCUUAUUGUCUGGAUUAAUGUCAAGUCUUUCAAAACAUACAGUAGUAUCCACUUCUGUACAAUUUAAAACAAAAUUUUGAAGCUCUGAUGUAUUUAAUUUUGUUAAUUUCCAAUCUUGUUUCUGAAUAUAGGUCUAGGUUCACUUGAAUAUAGGUCUAUUGUUACAAUUUAUACGGGUUGACACAAUGAAAUCCUUUUGUUAGUUUCAUUUUAAUAUAAUUGUAAUCUUCUUUUAUAUCAAAAUUUUUCAUGAAAACUUCCC